AUGGCUCCGACGAUCAUGAGCUGCGCUAUUCGCCGAGACGGAUCGCUCGUCAAGACCAAGUCAAUCAUCGGCAGGGGGGUCGAUGGCUUUGUCCUCCACAGCAAUGGAGAAGCGACUGUUUUGAAAAUACCAAGACUCUAUGGAGAUUUCUUCCCCGACGGCACGAUGAAACCUGAAGCCGACAAUGAAUAUGCGAACGAUCUGAGUAGCGAACAGGCGAUAUACGAACGACUUAACGGCGUACCAGGCGUUGCCAGAUAUCUGGGUGCGACUGGAGACGGAUUGCUGCUGGAAUACUAUAAGAAUGGAUCACUCGAGGACUACAUGGAAAAGACCUCUCCACCAGAAUGGUCACAAAAGAGGGAUUGGAUACUACAAAUCAUGGAUGUCUACGCAGCUUGCCAUGCUAAAAGGGUGCUUGUUUACGAUAUUGCUCUCCGUAACCUCCUACUUGCAGACGACUACACAAUUCGAGCCAUAGAGUUUGCAAACAGCGGCUUGUAUCCAUUGGACAGUACUGGCGAACUUAAAGAUGGCGACGGCUAUACGUCGAUGAUGGACACAUUACACGUUACUAACAUCAUCUACUCGCUUUGCACAUGGAAGAAGUUCCAAACUGACUGCAUACAAAUGAGUGAAUGGCCGAAAGCAGAAGAACUUCCAUCGACUAGUGGUGUGCCACUUGGAAGCGUCAUUGCAAGAUCAUGGUCCCGUCAGUUCAAAACCCUUUAUGAGCUACGACACGCCGUUGUAUCCUCCUUCCCUGUAGAGCCAGCAUCCUCAUGGUCAUGA